AUGGCUACUGUGGAGGGCUUAUUCGCUUCCUUCGGGAAGGGUAAGGAUCUAGAUUCCCGCACGUUUGUGAAGAUAUGUAAGGACACCAAACUCCUUGGUGGCGGCCUCACGCAGACCGACUGCGACCUAAUCUUCACCAAGUGCAAAACCAAGGGCUCCGUGCGUCUGACAUUCUCUGAGUUUGAGGAGGCGAUGGACCUUGUAGCCAAGAAGAAGAAUCAGACUCUAGAGGAGCUGUUGGCAGGAAUGGGCGGUGUGAAAGGGCCAGAGUUCAAAGGCACCCCAAUGGAUGCCGUUAGAUUCUAUGACGACAAGAGUACAUUCACUGGGGUGCAUGCACACGGGGGACCUUCAACAUGCGACCGCAAGGGCCGAGGGACUUUCAGCGACCCGGCUCCCAACCAGCCAACGGGCACCACGAAGAUCACUCUGGCAGAUAUGUGCGAUAGGAGUACACCAGACGUUCGGGGGGUCAACAAAAACUUUAGGUGA